CUAAAGAUAAACCGCACACUCAGAAUCGUUCGGUUGGUAGGUUCGUGCCAAAAGAAGUUCGGUACUUUGGCUUCCCAGUUUCUUCGGAAUUAACGGAACCUUUUCUUGGUGGAAUUUGAAUCUUGCUAUAACAAGUACGUUGCAGUGCGUUUUAACCAUGGUGAAUUGCUGCUACUGUUGAGUUCGAGCGUCGCGUAAGGGUUUAAAUGUUUGAAGAGUGAAAUCAAAGCCAUCUAAGCAACAUGCGUCUAUCUGCUCGCAUCAAGUGCUUCAAGUACUUGGUUUACGCCUAUGUGAUCCUAAUAUCGGUAUGUGGAGGCGCGCAACUGGUGAUCGGAGCAUUCCUACUGUGGACCCACCGGCAGUACUCGCCGAUCGUGAAGGAUCAGUUCUGGGAACCGUUUGCCGUGCUGAUCGUACUGGGUGUGAUCUCGCAGUUGCUUUGCUAUCUCGGGUGGACAUCGACGAGCCGGAAGCAUCGUUGUUACCUAGGAACGUUCUGCGCAUUUCUACUGCUCUUCAUUGUGAUCUUAUUCUUAGUUAGUGGCUGGGCCGUCGCUACCAGGGCACACUUGAUCGUGCCGGCCGAGUUGGCCAUCGAGGCCAGUUUUACGGAGUUUCUGUCCAAAAGUCUCUCCACAGACCAGACGCACCUAUGGAACCGCUUGCAGCGCGACUAUCACUGCUGCGGUUUCAAUGGCAUCCAUGACUACAAAAAAGUGGGAGUUCCCUGGUCCUGUUACGAUCCGAUCAACGCGAAAGUCUACAGUGCCGACUGUAUGCACGUGCUGGUACGCAGCAUAGAGAUCAACAUGAUCCGUGUCGCCGUCGUGGCUGUUUGCUCCGCCAUAAUACAGAGUCUAGGCAUAUUUUGCGUCAUCCAGCUGACAUUGUUGCUGCGCCGGCCCAUUUUGAUGCUGCCCAACGGGGAUAACCAUUCGACGCGAGUCAAGCCGUCAUACGAGCAGGCUCCACUGCAAUCGGCUGCACACCACCACUCGAAUCCGGCGUCUCAGAGCAGUAGCAGUAGUAGUACAAAGCCAAAGCCGGCGAUUGCACCGAAGCCGGUGCUGACACGAGUGGACCCACCGGUCAUCAAGCCGAUCCACUGAGUCCAACCAUUCAUCAAACCUGCCAGCGAUCGUAGCGGGGCGAUGUGCCUAUAAUUUAAGUUUUACUCGAGCCUCCUUAAACGAUACGAUCUUUUAGCGGUUAGAGAGUUUUAUGAACGUACGAAAGUAUCAGUCGGCAUUUUUUCGAAAGCAUUCGUCCAUAGGCUAUAGUUGAUAAUUCCCCGCGGUAACUCAUGUACUUAAGUUCCGGUUCUUUCAACUCUACCACAGCGUCGUUGUUGGGAGUCCCAGACGGACGAGCGAAUGAAAUAAAUAUUUGUAAAAUAGACGUUAUAAAAAGACGAAUGAAAUAAGCCAAGGUCUAACAGGGUGACAAGCCAUAGAUCCGAAAAACAAAGCUUACUAUCACCCCCCCGACGGUAGGCAAAUAAUUUACGGCUACGUCGGUACGUUGUAUUCUUUUGAGUCUCUGGCACCUACACGUCACAAGCACCGUGUACACGCUUCGCCAGUGAGAAUAGCUGCGAAACGAUUUUCAAACAAUGCUAUCAGCAAACGUUUACAACGUGAGUAACCUAUGAAUCAUAAGGGCAAACUGCUGUUGCUGCGGUACGAGAUAACAUCCUUUUGGUGGCAUAUGGUAGAAUUGGAUGAUACACUGCAGCAAAACGGGAAGUAAAGUGUCCAAAUUGGAAUGAAGCACGCCUAGGGGCCAUAGGAGAGUAUGAACUAUCCGCGAACUCUGGAGGAAACUAUUUAUCCCUUGUGGGAGCGUUUGAAAAAUCAAAACUAGGAGAUCUGCAUUUGUUAAGGAAACUAGAAUUGCCAAGUACUUUUUACACUCGACUAAAUAACUGGUAGCAAAUAACUCAGUUUGUGCAUAUACUUAUGAAACGCAACGGCCGAUUGUGCGCGAAGCAACGGCCAUGAAUUACUUUGAAUUGAACACGGGAAAUGCGGCGAAGUAGGGGC